AUGGCAAACCCCGAAACUGCUAAGUUCACGCUUUAUACCUCCACAGCUUCCCAGUGGGCGUAUGUUCCGCACCUGGCACUAGAUCAAAAGGGGUAUAAUUCUGGCGAGUACGCCACCAGCCAAAUUGACCUUGUGGACGGAGAGAAUUUCGCCCCUGAAUACGUCAAAAUUAAUCCGAACGGGACAAUUCCGUCGUUGACAUCAACAUCUCUGCAAAAGCCAUUGAUUGAAAGCACGGAAAUUCUGAAAUAUCUGGACUCGCUUCGUCCGGAAGGACCUUCUUUAUACCCCAAGGAUACCAAACAGCACUCUAAAACCGAGGAGUUGAUUGCACAUGUUCAUCAGCCCAAACUUUCUACAAACCUCAUCCUCCUCCAGGCACGUGAUGCGCAGGAAUUAAAAGCGAAGCGAAACGGUCCUUGGAAGGAUUUCAUUGCUAAUAGGCAAAGAAGACUCCUCAAGUACUGUGUUGCUCACCCAGAGAUACCGCUUUAUACUUCUCGCACGCACGAAAAUGGAAAGCUAUACCAACUUUACAACGAUACUGAUAUUGGCCCUGAACAUGAGCAAUUUUUCCGCGAUUCACAUCAAGGCUAUAAGGAUUUCGCGGCUGGGCUUAAUGAUCUUGACUCAAUGCUCGUUCUCCCUUACGCUGUCGGUGAUAAUAUCACCGCAGCCGAUUUGCACAUUGUGCCCUGGUUGGCUCAUGCUUUGUGGGGUGCUGGUGGGAGUGCAUUAUAUGAUUUUGAUCCUCUGGAAAAGCUCAUCCAGAAAUCUGUUCCAAAUUUUGAGUUUGGAGAAAAGACGAAGACAUGGUGGAAAAACAUUUCCACGACUGAUACGUUCAAAAAAAACUACCCCAGCCUACACUAG